UGCAUAAACCAGAAAGUAACAAAUAUGGAUUCAUGGAAGUAGCUUUUGUUUUUAUUUACUUACUUCUUGCCAUUAUAAGAGGGGUGUAAAGUUGCCUGAAUAAAGCUUUCGCCGUCUGUCUCGGUGGAGCAAAGCUGUUAUCGUAAUCUGCCAUCGUAAUUUUACAUUUGCAAGUUUGAUAUUAGAAAUAAUAUGAAGGAAAACUUACUUUAUCUCCAGAGCAAGCCUAACUUUAAAUGUUCCUAACCAAAUACACUAACUACCUUAGGAUAAGAGGGGGAGUGCUUCCCUGUAAAACACUUCGCUCGUUACUUCAGACCUAAAGCUAAAGCUAACUCAUGUUACAGAGCUGUCAAGCUAGCGCGCACGUUGUUUUGCGGUACGCGUGCACACCGAGUAUUACGGCACGGACAGUCCCCUCAACUGCGACCGUCUCUGGCAAACACAAAGGGAUCAGCGCAUGUGCCGGUCAUGUUAGUUGUUUGCGGAUCCUUUCCAUGAAAUGAUGGCCGACAGUGAAUUUAUGGAGUCGCCCGCUGUGUCACGCAGCUCUUCCCUCGGCAGUGCAGGGUCUGGCAGACGACAGAGUGGGCUCGAUGAAGAAGAAGAAGACGACAUGCUCUACUACAUCCCUGAGAGAAGACCUUCUCUGGACCUAGGGCCCAGUCCAAUGGAUACCAGCCAGUGGCAUUAUGUGGACAAGGCCUUUUCUCCAGCUGUGAGCUACAGAUCAAUGACAAGUGCAGAGAUGUCAAAUAGCAUGCAUCUGGAACAUGGAUCCCCCACAAGGGUUCAGCUGAUCAGAGCAGAUUCAUACUCAAGCUGCUAUUCAUUGGACAGUGACGAUUGUGAAAAGAUGGUCCCCAAGGUAAAAGAGGAAAAAGAGGAAAAAGAGGAUUCCGUCCCUGAGCUUUCUGACACACCUGAUGUCAUACCAGAGCCAGAUCUAAUAAAGAAUCCUUUCCUGACCGUAGCGUUCACUUUCACGGCUAUUUCCAAAACCCUUCGGAAGCUGCCCGAGAGAGACCUUAAGGAGUUCAAGAUGAGGCUGUGGAAGCGUUACCCUCAGUCAUUCAACACUCACUCCCAAAGCAUGGACAUGGUGGACCUUGUGGACCGCCUGCUCGAGUGUUUCAGCCUGGAUGUUUCUUUGCAUAUCACCAAAAUCCUUCUUGAGGAAAUUGGAAAAAACACGAUGAUUGAUUAUCUUCAGACUCUGUGCAUUAGAAAUGAAGUACGUCACAAUUUGAGCGAAACUCUGAAGAUGAAAUACGGCAAAGUAUGUGACGGUCCUGUGCAGGGAGAGAAGAGACCACUAGACGAAGUCUUCACCGAUCUCUACAUAACCUCGACCUGUGACAACGGCCCAAAUAUUGAACAUGAGGUCUUGACUAUAGAAAAGCUGGACAGUAACACGAAUGACGCGAAACUGCUUUCUACCAAAGACAUACUGAGCACUGAAAGCCUGGAACACACCCACUGCAAUUUAAUGCUGCUCUCGGGAUUGCCGGGGUCCGGGAAGUCUAUGGCGGUGAGAAGGUUGAUCCUCGAGUGGAUUGAAGGGAAGUCCCACCAACACGUCUCCCUCAUGUUUCCUUUGCCCUUCAGAGAACUCAAACAGUUUGAGAAUUCUCCCGUCUCCAUGAUGGAAAUACUACAAACGCUCUACCCGGAAACCAAGAAACUGAGGGAGGAGGAUUACAGAUGUGACGACUGCAAAAUAAUGUUUAUCUUUGACGGUCUGGACGAGUACAGCGGGGCGCUGGACUUUCACUACGCUUUCCCUCUCAGCGACCUGUCGGAGUCCACCACGCUGAACGUGAUCGUGGUGAACCUCCUCAGAGACAAGCUGCUCUACCAAGGCCUCUUCCUCAUCACCUCUCGAACUCAGCUGAAGCGCUCCAUUCCCUGGGACACGCACUACGAAGAGAUAGAUGUGCGCGGCUUCCUCGACCCUCAAAAGAACGAGUACUUUCGAAAGAGGUUCAAGGACCCGGAUCAGGCGGCUCGAGUCAUUGCGUACGUCGACUCCUCCAGAACCCUCCGCAUCAUGUGCCACCUGCCCUUGUUCUGCUCGCUGGUCGGCGAUGAGUUCCAGCACAUCUUCGGGGAGCCCACGGCGCCGGCGCAGCCGCCCAGCAACAUCGCCUACAUGUACACCAAGCUGCUCUCCGCGCUCACCCGGCGGCGGCGCAAACACAGAGCUCCGGAUGUUAGCCCGGACAAAGAGAUAGAGUUCUUCAUGAAACUCGGAGGUUUGGCGUUCAACAUGCUGGAGCAAGGACAGUUUAAGAUCUCAAGGUACGACUGGAAGGAGCUUGGAAUCCCGGUCGAGGAGGCCGUGAUCAACAGCGGCCUCUGCACGCAAUACCUCACGUGUCCAAUCGUGCUACAUCACGAGAACUACAUCAGCUUCAUACACCCUACGGUGCAGGAGUACAUGGCGGCACUUUACGCGUUCCUCUCCUUCACCAACCAGGGGAAGAACAUUUUCGUGCGGCACGUGAGAGGCAGGGUGAAAGGGUUUUUCAAGGUGCCCACGGUGAUGGACCUGUUCAAGAGUGCCGUGGACAGCAGUCUGCGGUGCGAAGACGGCAAACUGGACAUGUUGACGCGUUUCCUGCUCGGAAUGGGCCUCAAGACCAACCUGGAGCUCCUCCAGCCGCUCUGCACAUGUACUGUUAAGUGGCCGACGUUCGCCGCGGACGCCGUCGGAUUCAUCAGGGAGAGGAUGAGAGGAAAUGUGUCUCAAGGCAGGAAAACCCACUUGACCCGCUGCCUCGACGAGCUGAGGUGAAAGGUUCAAUUGGACACUAAAUAACUAUUAAUGUUUCCACUGAAUUUGGAAUAGCACUAAUCUAUCGACUUACACGCUGAUUACUUUCCCACUUACACGGCUGUGGUGACAAUCUUUUGAGAAAGUUCAGAACUAAUGUUUUAAUAUUUAAUAUAGAUUAAAGCUUAAAGGAAAUAAGGGGCCUUGUUUGAAAGUUAUAUUUGUAUCUUUUUAUGUAGUCAAAAAUUCUUGUUUCUGUUAGCAGCUUGUGUUUUUCAUAUAAAUGUUUGGUGUGUAACGCAGUAUUCACAUUGAAGGGCUGUUCAUCCCACAUAAAAAGCUAAAAGGUG